ACAUGAGGAAAAAAAAGAAGAGACAAAAUCAGUCCAGAAAUGUCUAGACAGAACUCCGAUUGGAUUCCAUCACUUCGUAGUUUUGAAGACUUCCAACGUAUGGCACUGCAAUUAUUAGAUGGCUUUAUGAUAAUACUGAGCACAGAAGGAGUGAUCAUUUUUGUGGGCGAAAACGUCUCCUCUCUCCUUGGCUAUUCACCAGAUGAAAUCGUGGGUAAAAAAUUACUAAGCCUUCUGCCUGAUAAAGAGAAGAGAGGAAUCUGUGGAAAGAUUACCAUCAAGCUUCCUGCAUCAAAUUUAGUGGGAAAGCAGACUAAUUUUUGUUGUCAUUUAAGAAGAGGAGAUAUUAAACCCGAAGGCCCUACUUAUGAAUAUGUGAAAUUUAUCAUGAGUAUAAAAGAUUUUUUGAAUGAGCCUUUGACGCUUUUGAAUAACUUCUUACCCAGCCGAUCCUGGGCUGAGUCACUUGCUAAACAACUUCCUUUGGAGGAUCGGUUUUAUAUGGUGGGAACCGUUUGUGUCCUCACGGCUCAGACCCUACGGGAACUUUUCGGCAUGAGGGAACCCGACGACAACAUUGUGCUGAUAGAAGAUUCAGAUGAGGAAGAUACAUCUGUGGACUAUCGACGUGCUCAAAGUGGAAGAAAGUCUAGAAUGAAAUCUCUGCGGGCUGAAUCUGCUGCUGCUCCUCCGGAUGAUCAGGAUGAUAUUAUAGAGAUUGACAACUAUGGACCACAGGGACAUGCUCAUGAAAAGAAGGUAGAAUGUGAUACAAUUUCUGAAAAUAGCGUAUCUUCCCUGGAAACCGUACUUGGAUCACCAGCUACGUCAUCUUUGCAGAGCUUUGAAUUAGAACCUGAGAUAGAAGAGGCGGGUGAUAUGGAUGUUGUGGAGGCUGUGGACAAGAUAGAAAAGGAGCACAUCUCAGUCUCCAGUGUGACCCCUGGCAUCAAUACUCAGCCAUCGCGACUGCCAUCACCAAUUACAUCGUACAUCAGCAAACGCGAGCUGGAACUCACUGAGAAGUUUAGCAAGCAGCUGGAGGAGAAGGCUCAGCUGCUGCAGGCUGACAUGAGGAGCCAGCAAGAUGCCCUGGACAUGAUGAAGGAGCAGCUUAAGAUGCUGCAGGAUUCCAAGUUACAGGUCAGAGGCCAGUUCCAUGUAACCAUGCUACAGCAGACUGACAGUACUGAGCCGCGGUUUUCAGAACCAGUGCGCAAGAAACCACGCACUGAGCAAACGGAGAGCUCCGAUCCAGAUUUCAAUGAGACCAAACGUUUCAGAGCUUCAUACUCAUCUCGCCCUUUCAAAUUUUCAGAGGAGCUUAAGAAACCUUGUGAUGCCUCCACUCAGCUGCAGCAGCAACAGCAGCAACAGCUGCAGCAGCAGCAGCAACAGCUGCAGCAGCAACAGCUGCAGCAGCAGCAACAGCUGCAGCAACAGCUGCAGCAGCAACAGCAGCAGCAGCUGCAGCAACAGCUACAGCAGCAGCUGCAGCAACAGCUACAACAGCAGCUGCAGCAACAGCUACAGCAGCAGCUGCAGCUGCAGCAGCAACAGCAGCUGCAGUUGCUGAUACAGGAGCAGCCGCAGCAGCUGCUGAUACAGGAGCAGCCGCAGCAGCAGCUGCAGCUGCUGAUACAGGAGCAGCCACAGCAGUAUAGCAUCAUUAUGGAAAACCAGACCUUGCAAAUAUGCAUGGCAAACCAAAGUGGCUUCUAUAGCUCCUUCCGUGAUGAUUCUAUUACUUUCGUGCAGACCCAGCCUAUCAUUGUUCCUCUGCAGUUAAUAGCCGAGCAGCAGCCCUGUGGCUUCUAUCAAGAUGAAAACCUUGGGGGCCAAAAAGAGAAAACUUACAGUUUUCUCGCUGAAGAGCAGCAGGGGCCCUCCGUAAACCAGCUGACACUGGCACAUAACCCAAACACUCAAGUGAUUUCUGCCAGCUUUCCUCAGCCUGCCAUCGUUUCUGACUCAAAUUUAGUCACCCUGGAGAACCCGCAGGAUUACAUUCAACUUUGGCAACAGCCAACAAAUCCACAGCACCACCUUUUCCUCCAGGUUCUAGCUCCUGCAGCAGUAGCCCAGGAAGCUUCUGGUCAACAAGUUGUGCAGAACCCCAUUCAAUUUGCAUCAGAUCAGAUCAGCUUUUUCCUGUCUACCGAGGAGCCUAAUGUGGAUGAGCGUCAGCGCCAGCAGCACUUUCGCACCGACCCUUAA